GAGAAGAACAAGUCUCUGCUCUUUGGUCUAGCUACCAGACAAAAACUCUUCUCCCAUAUAAUAACUCUCUGUUCUCUGGUCAAUCAAUAAUAAUCUCAAAAUAAAAUAAAACACCCUUUUCUUGCUUUAUCAAGAUUCUCUCCUUCUUCCCCCACAAAUCUUGUUUGUAAUCUCGCCGGUUUUAAUGGCACCGGUGACAGAGCAUCAGAGUUCUUUCCUAGGUCGACUCAGCCGUCGCAAUCAAGUCGUUUCCAUGGACGUUAACCACGAACAAGAGCUCGAAGAACUCGAAGAUUUCCAAAAACACGUAGCUGAGCGUUUCGCCGAGUUACUACCACAACCAUCACCAUCACCACCUUCUGACUCGCCGGAAACUCACCCGGUUCUAUCGAUCCAGUGGCUAAAGAAGCUUCUUGAUGUUUUCAUGUCCUGUGAAUCAGAGUUCCACUCUGUUUUGACAUCGAACCCGUCUCAGAUCUCUAAACCACCGUUGGAUAAGCUUGUACCGGAGAUGCUUGACCGGAUUGUUAAGGCUCUUGAUAUCUGUACCGCCGUGGUCAACGGCGUUGACUCAGUCAGACAAAUCCAGCGUCUUGCGGAGAUCGCUGUUACGGCGUUGAAACAAACGCCGUUGAGUGACGGAAGCGUUAGGAGAGCUAAACGAGCUCUAGGAAGCCUCCUCGCCGCUUUGAACGCUGAUAAAAACAGCGGCGGAGGAAGUGGUAGGAGGUCAACGUCGGAACAGUGGUCUUCCUUUGGUAGGCGUAGCGGCGGAAGCGGAGGAGGAGGAGGGUGUGUGAGCAAGAACUGGUCGGCGGCGAAACAGAUUCAAGCAAUGACGGCGAACCUCGUAGCGCCACGUGGUGGAGAGGCGUCGCCGAUUUACAUAAUGAGUAGUGUGAUGGUAAUGGUGAUGUGGACGUUAGUUGCGGCGGUUCCUUGUCAGACAAGUAACGGCUUAUUAGUUCAUUUGCCGUUGCCUAAGCAUCAGAUUUGGGCUAGCGCCGCCGUGAGCAUCUCGGAGAGAAUCGGUGAAGAGAUGAAAAAGAAGGAGACGCGUUGCGGUGGAUUGAUGGAGGAGAUGCAGAGGAUGGAGAGGUUAGGGUUGAAGCUGAUGGAGUUUAGUGAAGGGUUUAGGUUUAAUGGGGAGGAGGAUGUGAAGGCGGAAGUGGUGGAGAUGGAGGAGAUAUGCCGGAAAAUGGAAGAGGGGCUUGAAGGGUUACAAAGACGAGUUAGGGAAGUGUUUCAUAGGUUGGUUAAAAGCAGAAGUGAGAUUCUUGAAGUGACUGAUCACUGAUUAGUAAUCUUUAACUUUGUUGUGAAAAAGAGAAAAAAUAAAAUUUAUAGGUCUUGAUUGUUUUAUUUUAUUUAUGAAUGAUAAUGUUUGAUGUAUAUAAAUUACAGUUUGUAAUUUAAAGAUAUGUAUACACCAUGUUUCUUCUCAAAUUUAUAAAUUUUGGUCUUUGUUUUUUCA